CAGUGAUCCGUAUCGUAUCGCAGUCUUCCCCUUUAUUCAACUAAUCUGGCCGCGCUGUGCGCGCUUUCCUUGAUACAUGAGCUUCUUAUAGGCCUAUAUCAGUUCUAUUCAUUCCCUUCGUCCAUCCAGCUUGAGUCAGUCUUGUAGGGGACACCCCAGAUCCUGGAAAACGUUAUGCAAUCCUUUCUGUACAUCUCUCUGCUCAUCCUCCAUAUUGCCUCCCCCGCGAAAGCCCACGGAUACGUCGCCCAAGUCUCGAUUGACGGGAAGAUAUACAUGGGCAACGUACCCAAUGCUCAACCCACCUCUUCGAUUAUCCGCCAGAUCGACGACAUCUCACCUGUCAAAGGCGCAACUAACCCCUACAUGAACUGUGGACAAGCAGCUCAGCUCGCUGCUCUUGUUGCCGAUGCAAAUCCAGGUAGUCAGUUCCAGUUUUGGUGGAAGGACGGCGAUGGAACCAACUGGCCGCACGAUAUAGGCCCGAUCAUGACUUACAUGACAUCGUGUGUAGGCACGACGUGUGAUAAAUAUAACUCGACAAAUGCAGAGUGGUUCAAGAUCGAAGAGACGGGCUUGGAGCCAGGCAAUAUGACAUGGUACCAGCAAAAUAUCAUGAAUGGCGAGCCUGCUAAUGUAACCCUUCCAUCUAACCUGGCACCUGGACAAUACCUUAUUCGUCACGAAAUCAUCGCACUCCAUCUCGCGACGGAGUUAGGAGGGGCUGAAUUUUAUCCUUCCUGUACACAAGUUAACAUCCUUGGAAACCAAACUGGCACUCCUACAUCGAGCGAAGAAGUCACUUUUCCCGGGGGCUACUCUGAUACUGAUCCUGGUAUAUAUGACCCAACGGUUUUCGAUACCCCUGUUCAGUACACGUUCCCGGGUCCUCCUGUUGCAACGCUUGUCACUUCGUCGUCGCCAUCCUCGGGUUCUUCAUCGUCGAACCUGCCUGCGUUCACAACAGCAACGCUGGUAUCCAGUGGUGCGAGCACCUCAACUCCAACAGCCACGGGCCAAGCGACGUGCAAACUACAAGCUCAGCAGACUUUGGCCAUGAAGAAACGUCACCCAGGGACGCUAUCGAGGAUAAUGGCAGUACUGAUCAAGGGAAUGCAUGACUGAGGCUGAUUUUUUUUACCGGUUUGUGUGAUGUGUGGAAUUACACUGUAGGAUAAACUGUAUUUACUAAGUAUUAUGGUGACAGUACGUAAGUACUAAUUGCAUUCGAGACACUGCGAGAGACCGUCG